CGCAGGGUGACCAGAGGGACUGAAGCAGCAUCCUGUGAGUUAGAGUUUGAGAGGCGGUGUGAACUCCAGGAGAUGCUUUGAACUGCUCUAAAAGGAUGGGCCUAGCAUACUAAGUGGUCCGUUUCUCAAAGGCAGAUAAGGCAAGUUAACGUGGAUUGUCUUCGUCUGAGUCUGGUCAUUGCAGUGCCAGCUGUAGAAAAGCCUGAGUGAGAGGUGCUUGCGCUGAGACACGGAGAUGCCAAGUGUCUGAUUGAUGCGGCUUGGCAAGUGCACGUAUCCAGGCAGCCAAACGCCAUUCACGGUCUAGAACGCUUCCGCCACCCCAGAAAGUUCCCUGCUGGCCCGCAGGGGUGCCUUACGCCUGCGGAAAAUCACUGUUCAGAGAGUAAUUUGGAGGCGGGGGGGUGUUUGUGAACAUUUAGUAAUGUUAAUUCUUUUUUAAUUUGUAGGAGAUAAAACACAUUCAGAUGGCCGAUAACAGCUUUUCAGAUGGGGUUCCUUCAGAGUCCUUGGAAGCUGCUAAAAAUGCAAGUAACACAGAAAAGCUCACAGACCAGGUGAUGCAGAAUCCUCAGGUUCUGGCGGCUUUGCAGGAACGACUCGACAGCGUCUCACACACUCCUUCCAGCUACAUCGAGACUUUACCUAAGGCAGUGAAGCGAAGAAUCAACGCGUUGAAGCAGCUGCAGGUGAAGUGCGCUCACAUAGAAGCCAAGUUCUACGAGGAAGUUCACGACUUGGAGAGGAAGUACGCGGCGCUGUACCAGCCUCUCUUUGACAAGAGAAGGGAGUUCAUCACGGGUGACGUUGAGCCGACAGAUGCGGAGUCGGAGUGGCACAGCGAGAACGAAGAGGAGGACAAACUGGCCGGAGACGUGAAAGAUAAAGUAGUCAUAGCGGAAAAAGAAGCAGCAGCAGCAGAAGAGCCAAACCCCAAAGGAAUUCCGGAGUUCUGGUUCACCAUCUUCAGAAACGUCGAUAUGCUGAGUGAGCUAGUGCAGGAAUAUGAUGAGCCAAUCUUGAAACACCUGCAGGAUAUCAAAGUGAAGUUUUCAGAGCCUGGACAGCCUAUGUCUUUCGUGUUAGAAUUCCACUUUGAGCCCAACGACUACUUCAGCAACUCAGUCCUGACCAAGACGUACAAGAUGAAGUCAGAGCCGGACAAGGCCGAUCCCUUUUCCUUUGAAGGCCCUGAAAUAGUUGACUGUGACGGGUGCGCCAUUGACUGGAAGAAAGGCAAGAACGUGACGGUGAAAACCAUCAAGAAGAAGCAGAAACACAAGGGCCGAGGCACCGUCAGGACCAUCACCAAGCAGGUCCCCAGCGAUUCCUUCUUCAACUUCUUCAGCCCGCUCAAAGCAUCAGGGGACGGAGAGUCGCUGGAUGAAGAUUCCGAGUUCACCCUGGCCUCGGACUUUGAAAUCGGCCACUUCUUCCGCGAGCGGAUAGUCCCGCGCGCUGUGCUCUACUUCACCGGGGAGGCGAUAGAGGAUGAUGACAACUUUGAAGAAGGCGAGGAAGGAGAAGAGGAGGAACUAGAAGGUGACGAGGAGGGAGAGGACGAGGACGAUGCUGACGUGAACCCCAAGAAGGAGCCCAGCCAGCCCUCGGAGUGCAAGCAGCAGUGAGACUCACCUGCCGUGCGGCCGCCCUCGCGUGGACAGAGCGCACGCCUGCCUUGCUUCCCGUGCAUGAUUCUCACUUUAACGUCUCCUUUUUCUUUGUUAUUUUGCUUAACCUGUACAGUGGCGACUCCGAGGCAUUUCAGAAAUAGGAGGUUUAAUUCCAGCCUCCUCUACAGCCUUGGGCACAGCGCCGUGGACGCGGCCGGGCCCUGCCUGUCUUGGGGAGGCCCCCCAGAACGCAGCCGGCGGGGCCCCUUGACGCCAGGGGUACGUGGGCUGUGGCUCUGGGGCACCCAGAGCCAGGACGGGCACCUGCUUCAUUGGAGACCCACACGCCGCUCCAGCUGCCUCGGGAGAGCCCUUCGCCUCUGGCUCUCCUUCCUGUGGUUCAUUUUCCUCGGGGCCCUGACCCUGUUCAUCUCGUAUUUAUUUGUUCUUCACGCUGGCGAGGGCUCGGGACACGCACUGUCGCUUGUCCUUUGAGUUUCUGGAACCGUCUUGGGGCCAGAGACCCGGUGCCCUGGGUGGGAGUUGGUGGUUGGGCUCCGGGACGAGGCGCGUGGAAGAAGCUGCUGCCUCCCGCCGGCCGCCGGCAGGAGCCGGUUCUCAUGACACGCGGACCACGCUUGGCUUGCGGGGAGGGGGCUGCGGGCAGAGCCAGGAUUUGCCCAGCGGAGGCAGUGGCGGCAGCGGCAACGCGGGGAGGGGCUCAGCCCGGGAGCGGGAGCUCCCCCCUUAGUGCGUGAGUGUCCAGAGUUGCUUUCACCACAGCCCCCGUCCCCACACUCAUCUUGUCCUAAAAGCCCUGGGUUCGGAGCGACGUGUCCUUGGCGGGCGUGUGGGUUUCGGAGCGCGUGACCGCAGCUCCUGGCAGCCGGAGCCCCGCGUCCUUGCUGUGGCCAGGCCUGUAGAGUGCUCAGCCUUCCUCACGAUGCGUUUGUAACUGACUACGGUGUUUUCAAUUUGUACAGAACAGUUAGAAUAUUCUAUUAAAGUUGUGAAACACACCCCA